UUUUUUGAAGAGGUUUAGGUCAGCUCUUUUUUAAGGUUCGUCAUCUUAUGGUCACGUGUUUUUCUUACAAGAAGGAAGCCAUAAUCGAUUGUCUGAAAAAAAUUGUGACAGGAUGGGGCCAUUAUUGUGAAACGGAGUUGGGCUUUCUGUGUAACAUGGCCUCGCAAAAAGACUUUUCUUCUCAAAGUAAAUAAAAUAUCUAUAUGUACCCACGGAAUUAUCGCAGCCAUGAAUCUAUAGCAUGGAAACAUCUUCUUUUGUUUUUAUAUGAUGCAAAAUAUUGUUCGUAUAUUCAGAUGUUCGCCUGUAGAGUAGAAUUGAAAUUAAAUGUAAAUAUAAAAAUUGUACAUGAUGAAAAACUCACUAUACGACGCUAAGGGCUUAUUUCCUGGAUGCAAAACUUAUGUAGGACAAAACUAAUUGCCACCCAGAUACAGAGUGACGAGAGUGUGACGUUUUUAAAUCAGUUAAGAUGCUAUUUCAACUAAGACACAUCUGUCCCCAUUUCAGUGGAUUUAAAGAUUGUUGAUAAACGUUUAUAUUAAGUUAUAGUUUUCCAGCUAAGGUAUUCUUUGGCGAAUGUAAUUUGCCUGAUGAAAACCCUGACUUCUAUUUACCUUUUUGCCAAUAUAAACAAACGAAUUUUGGCUGCGUGGGGGACGCUGUAUUAGUAAUUACCGAUCAUCAAGAGCGGAUAGUGAGUGAAUUUGAAGUAGACUUGGUUUGACAGAAAUGGUCGGUUUUAUUGAAAGAAAGCCUGUCUACACGAAACGGUUUUGUAUUAGUUUAUUAUUGCUGUAGAAGGAAUUUUGCUCCAUUGCUGCGCAUUCUGGAGCAGAAAUAAAUGCUUUGGCGCAGAAGGCAAGAAUGUUGUAAUAUUUGUUUAGAAACUUGCUCUGGCUAUUUCAUGAUGGUAGAUUAUUUGGAAAGGUUUUUCAAAACAAUAAGUUCAUCGGUACCUGUAUUAUCUAUUUCGUCAGUACUGUUCAGGGGCGUGGUGGGAAUCUUCUCUGGCCAGAAAAUUCUAGUUUUUGGGGCCUCCAUAGAAUCCGCAAUUGGCAUCGUACUCCAUGGACUGAUAGUCCCAGUAUAGAAAAUCAAACGUGUUGGCAUAGCACCAAGUGUGAACGCGAUAUCUGCCACGUCCCCCCCCCCCCAGUUCUCGGCAGGAUCAAUUUGCAUUUCGUCUAAAUCCGAUGAGAAAAUGUUGGGGGAGGGGUAAUAUUUUGGCAACGUACGUUUUGUGAUGUAAUCCUAUGAGUAAUGGGCGUUCCCUUCAGGUAAAAAUUGCGUUCCUUGUUAGUAAAAGGUGGUUUUCUGGUGCUAAAAGGGGCGUGGUCCAAAAUAUUUUGUUUUGCCCCCCCCCCCAAGAGCGUAGUGGCUAGCGCCGCCAUUGAUUACAAUGAUUACACUUUGUACCAGAUCAGGUUUUAGUUAUCUAAAACUGAUUUGUUUCUCUCGCAACAUAAAAAAGUCAUCAAAGAGCAGUUAAAAUUUGCUGUUUUGGCUUGCUCAGUGACUUGCCUAACAUGGUUCUUCAAAACAGAGUUUUAAUCGACUAAUUCAACAAAAUGUCGCUCCCACACUUUUUUGCUUGAAACCAUGACUUACUAUCAGUUUUUGCAAAAAUUAUUAAGUAUUUUGUGGCUGGAGUUGCCCAUUUCUCUAACGGGCUGACAAAGAUAGUUGGGGGCACUCCUUCUACGAGAUCAGUGGGGACACCCUGUGAUGAAAUUGAAAACGAGGCCCGUCUCGGUCUGUGUCUCGGUUGGCCUUCUUUGGCAGCUCAAUUUUUCCUCAGAAAAUAAAAGAGUAUCUCAAGUCGGGGUUUGUCAUUUAAUUAAUUGCAUUAGAAAGGUCUUCAUGACGUAUGCAGAGCCAUCAAAAGAUGUGUUGAUUCCUGGAAAAUAGACCAUCCCAUACCCUCACAACUGAGGCAGGUUGUAAGACCGCGGGUUUGCACAAAGUGGAGAAGAAUAUACCGCAAGGAAUGCACUAACAUGGCACAAAAACAUUUUGGUAGACUAAAGGCAAAAGUAAUAGAAAGCAAGCCAAUUGUUGCACAAGUUGCGAGGCAGGGAAUAUCGAGAGCCGGGGCGAGAGUGUCAGCUUUUCAAAAGCAGAUCGACGACUUCUUCAAGAUUACAGAUGUCAAAGAGGCACAAUUGACAGUAACAGAUUCUGAAAAGAAGUUUCUAGAAGCCCGGAAUUUGGCAAGACAGUCAAAAAAAGAGCUUGAGCAAUCUGAACAAUUACUGCAAGAGGCGAGGAAGAAAGUAGAUCGAUGCCCACGUGAUGACAGUGAAAAAUAUUUGGCUUGUGUUUCAGAAGAGCGUGCAGUAUGGGUAAAAGUUCAGGACAUCAAAAAAGCUAAUCAAGAGUUUGAACACGGCGAGAGAGAAUUUUUUACUGAGUACUCUAAUGCAGUUCGAAUUUCACAUGAAAAAGAGAGGGAACGAGCACAGAAAACGAGAUACUGGUCAAUAAUUGGUUCUAUUGCAGGGACAGUUGUUGGGUUCUUUGGGUCUUCAAUGUUGACGUUUUAUAGACUGAAACAAAUAAAACAAAUUGCAUCACCGGAUGCAAUUGUGAAUGACUUGAGAAAUGAGAUAAUGCAAAGGAAUAUGGAACAAGCAGAGAUCCAGAAAUCAUUUCAAGUAAACACCUUAUCAUUGAUAAAUGGACUGGAACAGAAAAUUACAGCUGCUGGAAACAAGAAUCAGGUUGCUCAAUUGGCCCCUCUGGAUAAUGGUGUUUCAAAAAGCACAGAAGAACUAAUUGAAAAUUCAAAGACAGAAAUAAAAGACUACAUAAUCAAUGCAAAUAAACAACUUUUUCAGUUUAACGAGAAUUUUAGUGUGGAUUUACAGAACACCUUAUGUGAAUCGGUUGAUCAGUUGAGCAAAAAAACUGUGGUUCUUUUAAACCAGUCAUUUGAUGAGCAAAACGCCAAGCUGACAGAGAAGAUUUCUACUGUCCUUAGCAAUGCAUCUGGGAAUUCAGUAGCAGAAAUACAUAAAUAUUUCAAAAUGGAAAUGAAGAGAUUAUCAGACCAUCUACAGUUAAUUUCAAAACAGAUGAACAAUGCCAAUAAAGAACUAAGUAUCAAAGAAAACAGUACUCCUCUUCAAGAGGAGGUUUUUCAUGUAAAAGAGGCUGAUGGUGAAUGGAAGAUUAAUGUAAAUUUAGCAGUGUCUGUUCUUAGUUUUAGCUUGUUGUUAUUUGUCGUUUUAAAGAACUGAUGUAGUUUAAAAAGAGAAUAUGAUUCUCAUUGUUAAUUUUUAUGAUUCAUCCGAUGAAUAUUACAAAAAUUUACACCGCUCCGGUAUCAGCAAGAA